AUGCAGCGGUCUGGGGACCCCGGCGCCGCGCGCUUCGGGCCGCCCGAGGGCUGCGCCGACCACCCGCCGCAUCGCUACCGCAGCUUCAUGAUCGAAGAGAUCCUCACCGAGCCGCCGGGGCCCAAGGGCGCCGCGCCCGCCGCCGCCGCUGCUGCCGCGGCGGGCGAGCUGCUCAAGUUCGGCGUGCAGGCGCUGCUGGCCGCGCGGCCCUUCCACAGCCACCUGGCCGUGUUGAAAGCUGAGCAGGCUGCGGUGUUUAAGUUCCCUCUGGCGCCGCUGGGCUGUUCCGGGCUAGGCUCGGCGUUACUGGCAGCAGGGCCUGGACUGCCCGGCGCCCCUGGCACACCGCACCUGCCUCUUGAGCUGCAGCUCCGUGGGAAGUUGGAGACACCGGGCACCGGGGAUCCAGGCGCCAAGGCCAAGAAGGGGCGUCGGAGCCGCACGGUGUUUACUGAGCUGCAGCUGAUGGGCCUAGAGAAACGCUUUGAGAAGCAGAAGUACCUCUCCACGCCGGACAGAAUAGAUCUCGCUGAAUCUCUGGGCCUGAGCCAGUUGCAGGUGAAGACGUGGUACCAGAAUCGGAGGAUGAAGUGGAAGAAAAUAGUGCUGCAGGGCGGCGGCCUGGAGUCUCCCACCAAGCCCAAGGGGCGGCCCAAGAAGAACUCCAUUCCCACGAGCGAACAGCUCACGGAGCAGGAGCGCGCCAAGGAGGCGGAGAAGCCGGCGGAGGCGCCAGGCGAGACCAUCGACAGGAGCCGCGAGGACUGA